AUGGGCAGUGGAGUCAGCUCUGAGUCUAAAGAAUCAGCCAAAAGGUCACGGGAACUUGAAAAAAGACUCCAAGAAGAUGCAGUGAGAGAUGCCAGGACAGUCAAGUUGCUCUUAUUGGGAGCUGGAGAAUCAGGGAAGAGCACUAUUGUGAAACAGAUGAAGAUCAUCCAUAAAAAUGGCUAUACAGAUCAGGAAUGCAGAGAGUAUAGGUCCGUGGUUUACAGUAAUAUGCUACAAUCCAUUCUGGCUAUUGUCAAGGCAAUGUCCACAUUAGGUCUUGAAUACGGGAACUCAGGAAGCAAAGAAGAUGAAAGGCAGCUUUUUGCAAUAGCAGAUUCCAUGGAAGAUGGGACCAUGUCUCCUGAACUGGCUGGAAUAAUCAAACGAUUGUGGAAGGACCCAGGGAUCCAAGCCUGUUUUGAAAGAGCAUCUGAGUACCAACUCAAUGAUUCAGCUGCCUACUAUCUCAGCAAUUUGGACAGGCUAACAGCUCCUAGCUAUGUCCCAAAUGAGCAAGAUGUCCUUCGCUCACGAGUAAAGACAACAGGAAUUAUUGAGACUCAAUUUUCAUUCAAGGACUUGCACUUUAGGAUGUUUGAUGUGGGAGGUCAAAGAUCCGAGAGGAAAAAAUGGAUUCAUUGCUUUGAAGGAGUUACUUGCAUAAUAUUCUGCGCAGCCCUAAGUGCUUACGACAUGGUCCUGGUGGAAGAUGAAGAAGUGAACAGAAUGCACGAGAGCCUUCACCUGUUCAACAGCAUUUGUAACCACAAGUACUUCAAUACUACUUCUAUUGUACUGUUUCUAAACAAGAAAGAUCUAUUCCGGGAAAAAAUAACGAAAGUUCAUCUCAGAGUCUGCUUUCCAGAAUAUAAUGGACCAAACACAUUUGAAGAUGCAGGAAAUUACAUCAAGAACCAAUUCUUAGAUCUGAAUCUAAGAAAAGAGGAUAAAGAGAUCUACUCCCACAUGACCUGUGCCACCGAUACCCAGAAUGUGAAGUUUGUGUUUGAUGCUGUGACAGACAUAAUCAUCAAAGAGAACCUAAAGGACUGUGGGCUGUUUUAGCUCUUCAACCUGUGCCACCUUCUC